UGGAGAGAUUUUAUCCAACUCGGGGGAUUAGGUGGAGCAGAUUGACACAGAGCAGGACUUUACAGUUGGAGUCUCUGCUCGUCCAGGAGAGACGGAGUGACUCCCUGCAGCCACAGCAGUGGAGCUUGGCCCGCUGCUACUUCCCUUUUCCUCCUUCUCAGUUGCAAUCACAAGGACGGAGAAGCUCAAACAGCCACCAACGGAGCCGUAUACCUUCACACACGGAUAGAAAUAUAACACUGUGGAGCUAUGGGGACGGUGAGUGAGCUGUGCGUGUCCAGCCUGCAGACGUUUUUGUGUCCAGCUGUGAAGACGCUCCAACAAGAUCCAGUACCGGACGACCUCACCCCAGAGGAGCAGCAGGAGCUGGAGAAUAUCCGCCUGCGCAAGCAGGAGCUGAUCGAGGACAUCCAGCGGCUGAAGGAUGAGAUCGCAGAGGUGACGAGUGAGAUCGAGAACCUGGGUUCCACUGAGGAGAGGAAAAAUAUGCAGAGGAAUAAACAGGUGGCCAUGGGCCGAAAGAAAUUUAACAUGGACCCCAAAAAGGGGAUCCAGUUCCUGAUCAUGAAUGACUUGCUGAAGAAUACCAGCGACGACAUUGCUCAAUUCCUCUACAAGGGUGAAGGCCUCAACAAAACAGCCAUUGGAGAUUACCUCGGAGAGAGAGAUGAAUUAAAUCUCCAAGUGCUCCACGCUUUUGUGGAGCUUCAUGAGUUCACAGACCUCAACCUGGUUCAGGCCCUACGACAGUUCCUGUGGAGUUUUCGGCUUCCAGGAGAAGCUCAGAAGAUCGACCGCAUGAUGGAGGCCUUUGCUCAGCGCUACUGCACAUGCAACCCUGGAGUUUUCCAGUCCACAGACACCUGUUACAUCUUAUCAUUUGCCAUCAUCAUGCUGAACACCAGCCUCCACAACCCUAACGUGAAGGACAAGCCUACCGUGGAGCGAUUCAUCUCCAUGAACAGAGGAAUCAAUGAUGGAGGAGACUUACCUGAAGACCUGCUCAGGAAUCUGUAUGACAGCAUCAAGAAUGAGCCUUUCAAAAUCCCAGAGGACGACGGCAAUGAUCUAACGCACACUUUCUUCAACCCGGACAGAGAGGGCUGGCUGCUGAAACUGGGGGGACGAGUGAAAACCUGGAAGAGGAGGUGGUUCAUCCUCACAGACAACUGUCUGUAUUACUUUGAGUACACCACAGACAAAGAACCAAGAGGAAUCAUCCCACUGGAGAACCUGAGCAUCAAAGAGGUGGAAGAUAAGAAACCUAAUUGCUUUGAGCUUUUUAUUCCUGACAACAAGGAUCAGGUGAUAAAGGCAUGUAAGACUGAGGCUGACGGACGUGUUGUCGAGGGUAACCACACUUUCUACCGGAUCUCCGCCCCCACUGCAGAGGAAAAAGAUGAAUGGAUGAACAGCAUCAAAGCUGCCAUCAGCAGGGAUCCCUUCUACGAGAUGCUGGCAGCCAGGAAGAAGAGGGUGUCGUCCAUGAAGAGGCACUAAAGCUGCUCGACUCUCCAGACGUUGCACUUGACAGAGCGAGGGGUUCCGGAUAUCUGCUCGCCCUGUCUGGGCCUGUGCAGAGGCCACGGUUGAGAUCUCUCCAGGGGAUUCUCUCUAGGAUACAAAUUUGACCUGGCUUUUGGACUUUUACAGGCCAGAAAAACAGGAAGCAUGCUGGGGUCUCUAGAUAAGAGUCAGGGUGAAAACCCCCUCUAACCUCCUCUCUGAAUGUCUCUCUGUUUCUCUCUCAGCUUUGUGUGUGCUCUCUGUCUCUCUCUCUCUACGAGGUCAAAAGAGAUUCUUGCUGUGUAACUCGGCAAAAUCUCUUCCGAAGACGCUUUAAAAACACACAUACAUGCAUACACUCAUGCUGUCCCCCAUUGCACACAUCGUUAAAACUCAGCAGGUCUGACCGAGUGUGGCACCCCAACCAAAAUAUUCCUCGCUUUCUGAAAGAACAGAAAAGACCUUUUCUUAUGUGCUUUAAUAUGUUAGGGUAGUACGUGUCUAUUUUUACAGCUUUACUGUUUAUUCCUCUGGAGAUUUUUUUUUGUCUGUGUGCUUUUGUAAAAAAAAAACAAAUUCUUGCAACUAAAUCUGUAGGGGGGGGGAGGGUCUGCUUUGCCAACUGUUAGCUAUUUUAUAGAAAAGUAGAAAAACCAAAAAAGGAACAAAAGGUUUUCUGUUGAAAUCAAGUUGCCACUCAGGAGAUUGUUACAAAGAUCUAAAAGCUUUCAAUGUCCACGUUGACUUGGAUAUAUAUCAUAACACGACAGCCAUGUGAGGAAUGAAAGCCUCUUCUGUGUCCCACACUGAACUUUGUUUUUGUAAAUGUGAAGCUGCACCGUGGGGACACACGGCUGCAGAUGAAGGAGGUCUCUGCUUUGUCUGGAAAAAGUCUCGGUGAUGGAUCUGGCUCUCACUGCUCAUUUCCUGAUUGUCCUGGAGGUGCAUCCUGGGGAUCAGAGUCCUUUAAAGAGAUGUGUGAUUAUCAAACCAGGCUUUUUUUUUUAGUAUGUCUAAAGAAGCAGCAACUUUUGGCCCCCUUUUCUACCCUUACAUUUGUCUCUUGCUCUCGCCUCGUCUUAAACACAAGACCACUUUCUAUGACUGCAUCACGCAGAGAGCAACUGAAUUGUUAGUUUCUGCUGCACAGUGCCUGGCGCUCUGGAUGAAAUGUGAUGAGAAAGGCUGCUGGUUGGUGACAGUCAUUUUCAGAGUUUAUUUUCCCUACAUUCAAUCUUUAUUUCCUGCCUUUAACAUAUUUGUUCUUCUUUGUACAGUGUUACCUUUUUACUGGUAAAACAAAUCAUAUUUCAUUUUGGGCUCCAGUCAAACCUCAUUGAUCGUGUACAGUACUUCCUGUUUCAGGUUAUGUAUAAAGCGUUAUAUAUGUCAUGUUUCAGAAGCUUUAAAGCAGCACAAUGAAUACGUUUUUCAUUGAAGCAAUGUGUGUAGCAGAAUGGGCUGUUCCCCCCCCCCCCCCCGUCUCAGGAUCCAAAGUGUGAUGUGAAACAAACAGAACUACUGGGUGUAUGAGGACUGUGUAGCGCUGUAUGGAGGGCAGAAUAGCUGCCAGGACUGGUCACGCUGAUGCAGUAAAGUGUGAACUCAUCAAACGGCUAAAACAGUGUCGAGGUACAACUUUGAAAAAUGCAUUGGAGUCUGCAUCAAGCAGUUGUCUUUUCUACUUAUAUCCUUUGUCGUCUCUUUUCUUCUGUGUGCCUCCUGAUCAUGUUCCUCGCUCCCUGCCUCUCCUGCUUCCUGGUUCUUCUCCCGGCUGCUCCUCUCAGCGCACUGUUCCUAGAGAAAUAGGCAAAAAUGCAAAACAAUCAUAAUUCUAGACAGUAUUGCUUUAUUUAUCAAAGUUGUACAUACUUAGAUGUAUAGUGGGUAUGUUGUCUUCAUUUUGUUUUCUUAUUAGUUGUGCCAUUUUCUUUUGUUAUUCAGUUGAUAAUGUUUGAUUUGAGGUUUCUACCAUUACCAUUUAAUCAAGCUCAAAUAAAGACGAAUUUGCCACAAAA